AUGUCUGCUCGAGUUCUGCGACUCGAGAGGUGCACCGCACCAGCGAAGAGCACACAACUGGUAUGCCGCACACAGUCCAGCUUGCCUUCAAAGCGAAGACAGCACACACACCACUCUCCUCGCAGGCGUCUGCACUCAACUUCGCACCAUGGAAAUGCCGCCACACUUCCGAUCGCCACCCCCUCUCCGGUCACGACUACUGCGACUGAGGCAUCGGCUCCUUCAAUCACCACCGUCGCACCACUCGGCAACCUCCCGCUCAACCAAGUACUCCGAACAUGGCUGAUCACCUCGAUCUCCUCGAACCCAGCCUUGAUGGGCGCUUCGACCAAGAUGUUGCAAGCAAUGCUCAACUCGAAGAAUCCCGUGCUUGAUGUCGAGAAGAAUCCACUCAUGCGGGCAAUCUUGAUGGAGACAUUCUACAAGCAGUUCUGCAUUGGAAGCAACAAGGAAGAGAUCACUCGAAAUGUGGCAGCCGUGCAGCAGCAAGGAUACGGUGGUGUCAUCCUCGAGUAUGCUCUAGAAGUCCUCGCAGAUGCCAAGAGCGACGAGGCGGCGGACAUCGCAAAGUGGCGACAAGCAAUGCUGGACACUGUCGACAUCACUGCUCCCGGUUCGUACUUUGCCUUCAAGUGGUCGGGCUUGGGUCCGGCCGCAAUGCGACGGAUGAAGAACGAGGAGGAGCCAUCGAAGGAGAUGGCUGAGGCGAUGCACACUGUCACUCAGGCAGCAUUGGCCAAGGACGUCGCACUUCUUCCUGCCGCCGAGGAGACCUGGACCCUGAACGGCUUCCACAAGUGGUCCCUCGAUCUCAUGCGCGAGUACAACACGAAGGGCAAGGCCGUCGUCUUCAGCACAUACCAGGCCUACCUCAAGCAGAACACCGACCAUCUCGCACGCCACAUGGAGAUGGCCAAGGCUGAGAACUUCACCCUUGGCGUCAAGCUCGUGCGUGGGGCUUACAUGCACUCGGAGAAGCGGGAUCUGAUCUGGCCAACCAUCGACGCGACCCACCACGCAUACGACACUGUGACCUCCGCUAUGGUACACAGACAGUACAACGACCUUUUGCGACCGUCCGGCAAAGACACCGCAUUCCCAGACGUCGAGCUCGUGGUCGCUUCCCACAACGCCGCAACCGUGCAGAAGGCACAAGCAUGGCGUCAGGCUCAGGCGACUCGCGGCGAGGACCUGACCCCACUCGUCUACGUGCAGCUACAAGGCAUGGCCGACGAGGUCUCCGCAACUCUGGUCGCCAACGCCAAGGCCAACGAGGGCAAGACCAACGCUGUGCAGGAGAAGGUCUACAAGUACUGCAACUGGGGCACCAUGAAGGAGUGCCUGAACUACCUCAUUCGACGAGCGGCUGAGAACAAGGAUGCCGCGGGUCGGACUAACGACACACGACUUGCUAUGCAGAGCGAGUUGACGAGACGAUUCAAGGCUGGCGUCGGACUUUCGUAA